GAGGAUAUGGCAAAAAAACUGGUCGCAGCAAAAAAUGGAGGGAGUUACUGAAGCUGCCCCCUGUAAGCCAGUGCAGUGAGCUGAGAGACUCCAUUGACAGAGUAUGAAGUUGCCAUUGAGGAGGAACGAAGAGACUGCGGACUAUCAAUCUUAGAGAGAUUCUUCAAUAAUGAGAGUAGUCCAUAACUAUUUGAGUAAAGAUCCAUUUGAAGAAUAUCAAGAAAGCCCUUAUUUUUCCCAAUUUCUGCAAUGGAAAUGGCUAGAAAGGCAACCAGUAACAAAGAAGACUUUUAGACAUUACAGAGUUCUAGGAAAAGGUGGAUUUGGAGAGGUUUGUGCCUGUCAAGUACGAGCUACAGGAAAAAUGUAUGCCUGCAAAAAGCUAGAAAAAAAAAGAAUAAAAAAGAGGAAAGGUGAAGCUAUGGCUCUGAAUGAAAAAAGAAUCCUAGAAAAAGUGCACAGUCGAUUUGUAGUUGGUUUAGCCUACACUUACGAAACCAGAGAUACCUUGUGUUUGGUGCUAACCAUCAUGAAUGGAGGGGAUCUGAAAUUCCACAUUUACAACCUGGGAAGUCCUGGCUUUGAUGAGCAGAGAGCUGUUUUCUAUGCUGCAGAGGUGUGCUGUGGCUUGGAAGAUUUACAGAAGGAAAGAAUUGUGUACAGAGACCUGAAGCCAGAGAACAUCCUCCUGGAUGACCAUGGACACAUCCGGAUUUCAGAUCUUGGUUUAGCCUUGCAGAUCCCAGAAGGGGAGAUGGUUCGAGGAAGAGUUGGAACUGUUGGCUACAUGGCUCCGGAAGUUAUCAAUAACGAAAAGUACACAUUUAGUCCUGAUUGGUGGGGACUUGGCUGUCUGAUAUAUGAAAUGAUUCAGGGACAUUCUCCAUUCAGAAAAUUCAAAGAGAAAGUCAAACGGGAAGAGGUUGACCGAAGAGUGAAGAGGGAUCCUGAACAGUACUCUGCCAAGUUUUCCGAGGACACCAAAUCCAUUUGUAGGAUGCUACUCACCAAGAAUCCAAGUGAGCGGCUGGGCUGCAGGGGCGAGGGGGCUGCAGGAGUGAAGCAGCACCCGGUGUUCAAGAACAUCAGCUUCAGCAGACUGGAGGCAAACAUGUUGGACCCACCUUUCUGCCCUGAUCCUCAUGCCAUUUAUUGUAAGGAUGUCGUGGAUAUUGGACGGUUCUCUGCAGUGAAAGGAGUCUACCUGGACACCACAGAUGACAGCUUCUACGCUCAAUUUGUUACUGGGUGUGUCUCCAUCCCCUGGCAGACUGAGAUCAUCGAAUCUGGAUGCUUCAGGGAUAUCAACGAAAGUGAAAAUGAGGGAACUUUGUCAUUGGAUCUGAAAGCAAAGGAAUAUCCUCCAGCUCUCAGACGAAAAAGAAAUUUUUUCUAUAGAGUCUUCAGUGGAGGGGGCUGCCUGGGCACCAGCCCCAGCGAGAAGGAAGGGGAAUCAACACUUUGACCACUCACCAUGCAGACUGCAGAGCCAGACCUGGUGCCACGAGGGAGCACGUGCUCAGUGUCCCACCCCCUCCAUAAAUUGUAAUAAACACAAUCUAUGAUGAAGCUUAAAGUGUGCCUUUACAGAAUUUUCUGCACUAAUAUUUUUAUUGUCUUUUCAUUGUAGCUAGAUUGAAGAAAAAAAUAGAGCACCUCCAAGRUACCCAGAAACUCUCUGGUGCUUUGGUCAAGCUCCACAGGUGCCACAGAGAAGGGAGGAGGGCUUCGAGUCUAUGACAGUCCACCCUGUCGGCAGUGCCCUGCUCCUAAUCCCAGGAUACCAAAGUACCAAAGUACUCCAUAACAGACGCCGUGGUUUAGGAAGAGAGGGAAGCAGGGGAGGCUGUGGGUGUUACAGAGCCCUGGCUCAGUACAUCCCCUUUGUCUCUCCAUGGCCCUGYGUCCACCUUCCUGAUGUCCAUGACUCUGUGGCUGAGCAUGUCUGCUGCCCUCUGAAGAAGGGUGGUUUUCCAUGGUCAGGGCUUAGCAGGCAGAGGCUCCUGGAGCAGCAUGCGAGAGUGAUUUG